CCUACACAUCUUGUAGCAGUGCAGAUAAGAUUCUGGUGUAUACAGUACUAAUGACUAUUCUACCUCCAUCAAAAGAAAAAUUUGAUCUGGUAAUGGCUGAUGCAGGGAAUACUCAUGUUAGUGAUUAUGACUAUCUUAUAAAGUUUCUUACACUUGGAGACUCUGGAGUUGGAAAGACAAGUUUUUUGUAUCAAUAUACUGAUGGAACCUUUCAUAGCAAGUUCAUCUCAACAGUAGGGAUUGACUUCCGAGAGAAGAGAGUGGUUUAUAGAUCUCAACAUGCAGAUGGCAUUACAGGCCGAAGUCAGAGAGUACACAUUCAGCUGUGGGAUACAGCUGGACAGGAAAGGUUCAGAAGCUUGACAACAGCAUUUUUUCGAGACUCCAUGGGAUUUUUACUCUUGUUUGAUCUCACCAAUGAGCAGUCAUUCCUGAAUAUUAGAAACUGGUUGGAUCAGUUGCGUACCCAUGCCUACUGUGAGAACCCAGAUGUAAUUCUUUGUGGAAACAAAGCUGAUCUAGAAGAAGAAAGAGUUGUUUCUGAAGAAAGAGCCAAGCAAGAAGCAGAAAAAUAUGAACUUACCUAUUUUGAAACUAGUGCUUCCACAGGCCAGAAUGUUACAAAAGCUGUUGAAUUCCUUCUUGAUCUUGUGAUGACUCGCAUACGAGAAACAGUGGACAACACCAACUUCCCAGGUAGAAAAAGAGCUGCUCCUGGUGUUCACAUUGAGUCAGAUGAGGGGGAUGGUCAGAGUAAAAACAGUUGUGGCUGCUGAUUAUGUGUGUUUUUGCACUGGUGUCAAAAGUAUUAGCACGCAAAUGAAAAAUCCAUUUACUAAUGGUGGUAAUCAACAGGGUUAUUGGUGAUGGUAUUAAAACUAGUCAUGAUUUUAGUGUUUGGUGUCCCAUUUGUUAUCUAAUGCUUACUAGUCAAUCACAGACUAAAUAUAGUGUCAAUAUUUCUGAUAACUAGUUAUGAAAUUAAAAUUUCACUUCAUGAUAUGUUGUUCUUAUUGUUAAGGAUUUGUACACUAGGAAUUAAGUUGUUGUUAUGAUUAAGUUGAAAGUUUUGAAAUUUUUAUGAAAAUAUAUAUUUUUAUUAUAAGAUAAUUCAAACAUUUCUCAAAUGUAUUUUGUUUUUAAAUGAGAGGCAUACAAAGAAAACAUUCUGUGCACAAGAGCUUUUUACAACACGUGUUCAGUCGAACCAGAUAUUUUCAUCUAGUAUUGUAUGAUUAUUGAAGACUAUCAGGUGAUAAAGAAAUUAAUAAACAAAAUUGAUAUAAAAUAUUUAUAUAUAUAUAUAUAUUUUUACUACCAGCAUUCUCAUUUGAACAGUAAAUUUGAAGAUGAUUUUUUAUACCAUUAAAACAACUUGCUUAGUUGAAAUUCAUGUACAAAGUCUUCCUGUUUGUUUCUUCUGAAAGUACAAAAUUUAAAACUAUUGAUAAUUACAACUUCUAUUGUAAUCUUUUAGUCUGGUGCAUUUAUGUAGAUGGUUAAUUUUCGGUUUACAGAGGUAUCAUUUGAAUAAAAGAAAAAGGCUGUUUUUGAAAUAGUUUGAGAUUUUUUUGGUAAUUCUACACCAAAAAAUAGAUUUAAAUUAAAUGCAGGUCUUAAAACAAUAAAUUUUUAGGAGUACUCUAGCCUGCUUUAGAAUAUAUAUAAAAAGAGAAGGUAAAUACAAAAAAUAUUUCCUUUCAAUAUAGAUAAAUAUUAGAUAAAAUAAAUUGGUAAAACAGAAGUUAUUUCCAUUAUUGUCUUCAUUCAUAUCCUGCAUUUCUUUUAUACUAUAAAAGAAACUUCAAGUUUGCUCUUUCACAUUCAUUGAUUUUUGGAUCUUUAUAAAUGUUAUUUGCUAUGAUAUUACUUUACAAAUUUCCUGGAUUUGUUUCUAGAACAUAUUAAUUGUAAGUAAGAAAACUUAAUAUUAUAUCAAUCAUGCAGUUGAUAUUGUUGUAUUAAUUUUAUUUAAGAAGUCAAAGAUUAAUAAGAUUAAUGACUUGAUGUGAAAUAGGUUUUAAAAAGUUGUAGUUGAACAUUUAUUGUCUUGUUUUAAUAGAACAUGUAUAAAUCUAUUAAUAUGAUUCUUCUUCAUGUACUUGUGUGUAUCCUGUAGUGAUUGCUUUGUAGCCAGACUUUUUUUGUGUAUUUUAACUGUGCAUUAUUGAUUGGUGCAAAACUGGGCUGUAUUGUGUAAUUGCUUCAAAAGUCCUGCAUUUAUUUCAAGUCAGCUGCAUGUCAUACAUAUGAGAAUUGUUUUUCAUUGCCAUUACAGUUGUAAUAACUUCUGAAAUCAAGCUCAGUUGAUUAUAAAACAUCUAGGUGUGUUUUCACAUUUAAACCUAGUAAGAAAAAUUUCUAACAAUUUUGAAAAAAAGUUCACCUCCAAAUUUUUCAUUUCAUUUUUUAAUUGAAUAUUUUUAGUUAUAUAUAUAUUUUUAAACAGAUUAAAAUGAAGCUAAACUAAUUAACUCACAGGUCUAACAAGCAUUUAUACUAUCUCAUCACAUUCAGUUGACCAAAUUAUCUAUUUCUUCUUGACAUUCUAUCUUAGAGUUAUAUUUAAAUAAUGAUUUUUUUUAUUCCAUGUGCAUUUAUUAUAGAUAUUUACUAUACAAAUCAUGAAUAGUAUUAAGCCUUUAAACCAUGUUUUUAUGAAUAAUUAUUUGUAUUAUUAUUUUUUGUUUUUGAAAAGGACAAAUUGAAGGCAAAAAGCUUAAGAAUUCCUUUGUUUAGUUUAGACAAGUGUACAAGUCUUGUUAUUUUAUGUGGCCAGUAUAUGUUUUUGAUUUGAUAUCUGGGUACUCUGAGUUAACCCUCAGAUAACCAAAAUUGAGGGUCAGCUUUGUCUGCACUCAAAUAUUUUUCUUUGUUCUAUGUUGUUUUUAAUUUUACUUUUUAUUGUUCUAAGCCAUCAUGUAAGUGCAUAAGGAAACUGUAGUUUUAGCUAUAGUAUGUUCAGAUGUUUGUUGGUCAAAGAGAGAUGGUUAGUUAUGUGUUUUUAUACGUAUCUGUAUGUAAGUUUAAUAUAUGACUGUACGCGUGCUAAUUCUUUAUUUCCUGCUUGUGUUUGAUUAAACAACUGUUAACAUAAAGAAUUCCUUCAGAGUUUUUCUUUGAAGUCAGAAUGAAGCUCUAUGGUAUGUGGGAUAAUGUUCGUCUGUUGUAGAGUUGAAAAAGUAUCUAAUUGAUGUACUUAUUAUGAUUUGUUUUGUGAUUUCUAAGCAAGCACUUAGCAUCUAAGAAGUCAGUAGAAUUCUCAUGAAACUUAAAAUUUAAAUGUAUUUUCAAUUUUUUUUUUUGUUUCUUAUUAGUAUUUAGAAUAUGUGAACGCAACAUAUUGUAAUCACUGUUAUUGUCCUAGAAAGGCUGGCUAGUGCUUUUUUUAAUAUUGUCUUAUUUUGUACUAUAUUACACCUCACUUCACUUUAUAUAAUAAGAACUAACUUUAAUUUUGUGUCUAGAAAAGUACAUAGAAUGCUAGUAUGCUCAUAAUAACAGAAUUAUCUCUACUUCCACCAAUGGAUGAAAUUAAUUGGGUCUCUUUUUUUGUAACUUCAUCGAAAACAAUAGGUGUAGUAAUGUGCAAAAGGAGUAGAUUUAUGUUAGUGUCCAGGGUCACUUAAAUCAUAAACGUGUCACAUACUGUUACUUUACUCUGUGUCAGAGUAAUUGUGUUUUAAUCAGUAGUCACUUUUUUAUGAAGUGAAAAAUUGUAGUUUUACUACAGUGUUACAAGGCACAAGAGAAAAACCUUCUGCUGAAAUCUCAUGCCUAAUAUUAUCAUUGAGAUGCAGUAUUUUUAUUGUAACAUUGUUUAUUACUUGUUCCAAAUGUUGUCAAGAUUUUUAAUAUUGUAUGUGUUAAGUCAUCCUAAAGAUAUAAAUGUUAUUUUAAAGCUGGUAUUAUUAGAGAGAUGGUAAAGGGUAUUUUUCAAAGAUUACUGAACUGUUGAUAAUUACCACAAGAAACCACCAAAUUUAUGGUACAUUGUUAUUUAGAUUAAUGUUUUCUUACUAAAAAGCAUCUUCAUGAGACUUUGAACUAUUUAAUUACACAUUCUUAGAAACAUUUGUUUUUGUUUGUAUUUCUCAAGCAUUAAGUUUCAAGUAACACUCUUCAAAUGAAUUUAUCUGUAUACUAUGACGACUCUAUAUAUGUGUCUUCUGAUUUUGACUCCUUGAUAAUCCUAUUAUAUUCUGAAUACACUAUAUUUUUAUAUAUAUUAUUGGAUGUUUAAAAUUGAUGAUAAGGUACCAGAAAACCAAAUGGUACUUUUUAUGUAGAGUAGCAAGUUUUAUAGUUUCUAAACUUAUAUUAAACUAACCAGAUGUUUCUGCCUGGGUUUUAGUAAACUGGUGUAAUUAUCAUAAAAUAUUAUCCCAUUUGAUAAAAUAGUAGUCUUGCUUAAGUACUUGAAACUGUAAUUUGUCCAGUUUACCUUAAGCCUACUAAUCAGUGUUGUAGCACUCUCUCUAAAUGUAAACAGUAGUGUUCAUGUGAAAAUGUGGUGUGAUAUCUACCAUACCAUAGAUUGCUGCUCAUAUUUGAGUGAAACAAAAUCACUAGAAGGUGCUUCAUAGAUUGUUUCAUUUUAAAAUUAUGUAUUUUUAAGACAGAUUUUUAGAAACAGUUCAGAAAAACUAUCUCUAAUGAAUAACUUCUCUUAUGAUAUUUUAGCAAAUAUUUCUUUGCAAAGUGAACUACAAUCAGUGACUUUCACAAGGCUAACAAUAAAAAAUAUUUUAAUACCAUUUACUACUAAAAUAAAAGAUUCACAAUGAAAGUGAAUUUCAGUGUAAACUACAGCAUGUACACACACAUAAAUCUACAAUGUCUUGGUAUUAGUUAGUCAUUGUUGAUUAGAGUAAGCCUUAUUAGAACACACACACAAAUCUACAAUGUCUUGGUAUUAGUUAGUUAUUGUUGAUUAGAGUAAGCCUUGUUAGAACACACACACAAAUCUACAAUGUCUUGGUAUUAGUUAGUCAUUGUUGAUUAGAGUAAGCCUUGUUAGAACACACACACAAAUCUACAAUGUCUUGGUAUUAGUUAGUCAUUGUUGAUUAGAGUAAGCCUUGUUAGAACACACACACAAAUCUACAAUGUCUUGGUAUUAGUUAGUCAUUGUUGAUUAGAGUAAGCCUUCUUAGAACUGUUAUUACUAAGUGUUGUUGUGCUUAUUUCUCCUAAUUCGUUUCAUUCACAUUUCAAGAAACAAUUGCUAUCUUGAAAUCUUUGCUUUGGCAGAUCCUUAACCUGUAUUUGAGUUGAAAUGCUAUAGUAACCACACCUGAAACCUUACAAUAUCCAUUGAGUUGCUGAGAUAUAAUGUCAGGGUUUUAAUUAUGAGCACAGUACAGAUACCCCAUUGCAUAGUUUUGUGGUUAAUAAAAAAACUGUCUUUAACUGCUGGGUCAACAACAUAGUUGUAGUAAAUGUGUAACUUAAGUGGAAAAAUAAUUUCAGAAAAGUAAUUUAUUUUUCAGCUGAGUAAUUGAAAUUUCUUAUUUAUGGUAAGCAGCUACAGUACCAGGUGCUUAUAAUAGUUAAUAUUUACACUUCCUUGUUAUAUCAAAACAAAAAAUAUGCUUUUAUUUUUCUGCAACAAUUGUUGCAGAAAAAUAAUAAUGUUCUACACAAAUUACUUUUUAACAUAACAUUAUGUCUCACAUGAAGCCAUGAGCUUCAUAUAAGGCAUAAAAACACCAAAGUGUUAGUACAUUUGCACAUUUUAAUAUAUUUGGAGUGAAAUAUAGUAUAUGCAUAUUGUCUAGUUAAGUGUGUUUGUCAGAAAGAUUAAAGGAAGAUCAAACUGAUUAAUAGCAGUGUAUUUGUACACAGUAUACUAAAGAGAUUACAUUUUCUCUGACAUAUGUAAGUGCACAAUUUAAUCAGGAUGCUGUUUGUUUCUUUUUUUUUACCAUAUUCCUGUCAUUUUGAUAUUUACCAAAAGUGUUAAAUUAUGUGAUCUAUUUUUUAAUGUGUUAUGAAUUUCUAAAAUGCUUAAUUCAUUAUUUAGGGCAUUUGUAGCAUAAAAUCCAGAAAAUAAAUCUCUAUAUGUAGUAAUAUUGUAAAUGUAUAAAAUCAAGUUCUUUUUUUUUACCUUUAUUGCAUGAACACUGCAAGGAAAGAAUUAGUGUGACAAGUUCCCACUAAUACUUUCAUCAUGUCUGUUACAGUUAAUUGAUUUAUUAAGCUGUUAUUCACAAAAUCAUGAAUUUUUGGUUAUUUUAAAGAAUUUUUUUGGUUUUAGAUUUAACAAUUACAUUCUAGAUUUGAAAUUUAUUGUAUGCCUAAAACAUCCUGUAAAGUUAUUUCCAAGUUAAACAAUAUUAGUCUCUUCUGAAAACACAGAAACAGAAGAAUUGUACAAUUUCAUAAUUUCACACAUUUUCAAUCACCUGUAUUCUUGUUUAUUUCAAUACUAUUUUCAUAUAGCAUUUUGUAGAAAGGAUCUUAAAAGUUCAAUACUGCACAACUGUAUAUGAUUUUUCAGAAGCAAAAUGUGUGUAUGAUUAUUCUUUAUAUUUGAAAUAUGAUCAAUAUUGUAACCAAAACUUCUCUAUUCCUGGAAUGUACUGAUCAAUGCUUGUAUGAUAACACUUACCUUUAUUUGUAUGAUUGUGGUGUGAGACAUGAAAGUUUUUAUUUGCAUUAGACUUUCUUGUCUACAUUAAAAUAUUUUUUGUUAAGUAUUUUUGGUUUAUUUACAUAUACAGGUGAAAUAAGCAAUACAAUUUUUGUAUAUUACAGAUAAUACAUUUAAAGUUAAAUUUACUUUAAAAGGCAUGAGUAUUUAUAUUAAUAAUUGAACUGCAUAGUGUAACUGACAAUAAAUAUUCAAAACCACCAUGAAACUCUGAUCUGAAAAGAAAUAAAAAGCAGUCUUAUGUUUUUCAACUAAUGCCGUCAAAUAGUUGAAACAACAUCAUUUAUCAAUAUUCUACCCUGUAUACAUUUUAAAAAUAUGUGCAUGUAUACAUUUUGUACAGUAAUUGAGUAACCUAAUUAAACUAAGGCUCGUUUUAUUCUUUGCUGAUUGAACUUUGUAUAGAAUCUGUUUACUGUAGAUGAUGAGGAACAUAGAUAUAAAAGAAAAAUACAGUUGGUGCUGCUAGUAGGGAUUUACUGGCAAGAAAGGAAAAUGUGAAUCACAUGAAGUUAUAGUUGUUUUAAUGAAUAGAUAAAUGUAAGUAAGCUUGAGGAAGAGUAAUGAUUGUGUGGGGAAAAUGGAAUUUUCAUGUUGGUCAGUGUGUGAUAGAGUUUUGAUGGCUGGGUAGGAACAGAAACCAGGGUGGUCACAUGCCCACUCGUAUGGAUAACCGUGAUAAAACUAAAAUAGAGAAAUGCGGACACAAUUUUUUUUCACAGUUUAUUCAUAUUGUGAAAGCAGUGUGCUUUAUAACUUUAACCGCCAUCGUGUUACUAUCCAUAUUACUGGAUUGUAAAACAA